AUGGGUGUCGGAACAUUCUUUCACUACUUCGGCACGGUGCUGCUGCUUGCCGCCACGGCGCUCCUCAUCGUCGUGUCCGUGACUGCGCCCGUCGUCAACGACCUCUCUCUCCUGAAGAUCAACUUCAGCGGCAGCAGCUCUGUCGACAGAAUAACAUUUGGUACCUUUGGUUACUGCAUCCAAAAUGCAAACGGACACGAUGCAUGCACCCACUCUCACAUCGGCUACGAGGGCACCGACGCCUUGACCCAGGUCACCUCCCUCAACUUCUCAAAGUCCGACCGCGAUGGCUUCAGGAUUCUCACAAAGGUCAUGAUCCUGCACCCCAUCGCCGCCGGCCUCACCUUCUUGGCCUUCCUCCUCUGCCUGGGCACCAGCUUCCUCGGCUCCUUUGUCGCGUCCUUCUUCUCCUUCCUGGCCUUUGUCGCCACCGUCAUCGCCAUGGCCUGCGACUUUGCCGGCUUCGAGAUCAUCAAGCACGCCGUCAACACCAGGGGCCCUGCCAACGUCGAGGCCCACUGGGGACCUGCCGUCUGGUGCAUUCUGGCUGCUGCGGCGCUGACGCUGAUUGCGACCAUCUUGGUGUUUGUCACUUGCUGUGCCGGUCGUGUCAAGAACCGCCGCACUCGUCGCAGCAAGUCCGAGUACUAA